GUCGAUUUUGAUGAGGCUUGCGUGUAAUGUUACCCACCAGAUUGCAUGCUACGUGACGUUGCUAAUGUGCACCUACAGAAAGAAGUUCCGCCCUGUCUUGGAGGCCAUGAAAUCAGCCAAGAUCACCACCAGAGAUAUUCUCACAAUUCUGAGGCCAUUCACCCCUUUGCAGUGGCUCGGCCUAGUCCUCCUCCUAGACCAAGUCCCGCGAAACAUCUACCGGGGCCCAGAGUCGUCGACGGUCUUCAAGUUCUUCGAUCCCGUCGCGCGCGAAAUCGCACAGCACGCCAUCAAUGCCGGCGCCGCGACUCACAACAGGAUCAAGUACCGUGUGGCCUACCGCAUGUGGUUCUAUCUGCCUUUCAUGCACUCCGAGGACCUGGCGCUGCACGACUUUGCUGUGGCGCAGUAUCAGCAGAUGAAGGACGAUUUUGAGGAGCUGAUGGCUGAUGACGGGGAGGCCGGGAGCGACGAUCAGCGUAAGUGCUGGGGCGUGUUGGCGGUGCAGAAGGAGGCGGCUAGGGAUCUACUGGAGACGAAUUGUGACUUUGAAACGAAGCAUCGCGACAUUAUUGUGCAGUUUGGACGGUACCCGCAUAGGAACAUGGCUAUGCGUAGGGAGUCAACUGUGCAGGAGAAGAAAUAUCUUGAGACAGGCGGCGAGACUUUCAGCACUGCAAGGUAAUCCUGUCCGGUGAUCGUUUUCUUGUAUAGUACUACUAGUAAUUAGCCAUGAUUCCUUAACGAUGGCAUUGGCAUUGGGUAGCUGUUGGUAUCCCUAUCACAGGGAA